UGUUUUUCUAAAAAAAAAGAAAAAAGAAAAUCGGGUUUUUCUGUGAUCAUUUUCUGGACCUAAAAUUGGUGGUUUUUCUCUACACCUGAGCAAGAGGUCCUGAACGGAGUUGUUGGGUUCUGGUGGAGUCAUUCAUAAAGAGAAACUCAGUAGAGACAUUCGGAUUGGGGAAACAGAGGUGACAAAACGCGACCGCCUUCCUCAAGCCCCUCUACUAUUAUUCGCCGCACUUCCUCUCUGGAUACACUUGCUGCUCCAUACCUUGCAGGGCACUGGCCUCGUGAUAAUCAUGGUCAAACUGCUCCUUGCAUGAAGGACAAAGCUACACAGACAGAGAGUGCAUGGGCUGAAGAAUAUUCUGAAAAGAAGAAAGGGUCUCACAAGCGUUCAGCAUCCUGGGGCAGUACAGAUCAACUUAAGGAGAUUGCAAAAUUACGCCAGCAAUUGCAGAGAAGUAAGCAUAGCAGUCGACAUCAUCGAGAUAAAGAAAGACAGUCACCAUUCCAUGGCAACCAUUCAGCCAUUAACCAGUGUCAGGCUCCUGUUCCAAAGAGUACUCUUAUUCCAGCAAUUCCCAUCACCAAAUCAACAGGCUCCCGGUUCCGGAACAGUGUGGAAGGAUUGAAUCAGGAGAUUGAAAUAAUAAUUAAAGAAACAGGGGAAAAGGAAGAACAACUUAUACCACAAGAUAUUCCAGAUGGCCAUCGUGCGCCUCCUCCCCUUGUACAGAGAAGUAGCAGCACACGCAGCAUCGACACUCAGACUCCUGGUGGGGCGGACAGGGGGAGCAACAACAGCAGCCGCUCCCAGUCUGUGUCCCCCGCGUCAUUCCUCACCAUCUCCAAUGAAGGCAGCGAAGAGAGCCCUUGUUCAGCUGAUGACCUGCUCGUUGAUCCCAGAGAUAAAGAGAAUGGGAACAACUCUCCUUUGCCCAAAUAUGCAACUUCACCAAAACCCAACAAUAGUUAUAUGUUCAAAAGGGAACCUCCAGAGGGCUGUGAAAGGGUCAAAGUCUUUGAAGAAUGCUCGCCAAAACAACUUCACGAAAUCCCAGCCUUUUAUUGUCCUGACAAAAACAAGGUGAAUUUCAUUCCUAAAAGCAGCUCUGCUUUCUGCCUCGUCAGCAUCCUCAAGCCACUCCUUCCCACGCCAGAUCUUACCCUCAAGGGCUCUGGCCACAGCCUGACAGUCACCACUGGCAUGACGACCACUCUGCUGCAGCCCAUCGCCAUGGCCUCCCUGUCUGCAGAGCAAGACCGAGUCUCCCGAGGAACAAGUACAAUCCUGCCCUCGGCCUCGCUACUCACACCACCCGAACCGAUUGAGGAGGCUGAAGGGUAGGUCCCAGUGCUGCGUAGCCACUGCUCCCUCAGAUCUCCUGACUGUGAUGGCACCUUGCGUUCGUGCUCACUUGGCCGUGCCCUGCUCAGGCUUCCAGGGUGACUCCCAGCACAGCUUCUGGAAGAACACCCUCUGGUGGCCGGCUCGCUGGAAGGCCAGCCCUCAGUGCUUAGCCUGCUUUCUCCUAAAGCGCCAGUUGAAACAGAAAGGUCUCAUCCUUUGCUUUUGGUGGGCUGAUACCACUUUUUUUGUUGUUUUGUUUUUAAAUUAAACUUCUUUAGAAACAAAAACACAACAAAACACUGACCCCUGCAAAUGAUUCCUGGAGACGUGAAUGAUGCUGCAAGAACCAUCUUUUAUAUGAUAACGACUAUUUUAUAAAACCAAUGUGACAUUUUCUGAAACGUAGCAAACAGAUGUUCAAAAGAUUCUUUGGUGGCCUCUGUUUCUUGUUUCCCUUUCUCAAUGUGUGCUUUUCUCAGCUGUUUUCAGCUUUGGGACCAAAGGGAUUGUUGACAUUUCCCCAGCAAUCUUAUUCUCAUGACUGUGUUCUCCUCCCAAACAAGAAUUGAUAAGUAAAUGCGUUGAACAAGUAUAUAAAAAAAGAAAUAAAAAGCAAUAUUAGUACAU